CAUAUCUCCUGCAUAAUCCGCUUCCCUCGGUGGGCUUCCACUCCCCUGAGCAGGUGGUCGCCACCUGUUGUUACCUGGACUUCGUCUUCGACCCCCAGGACUGUAAUUUCAGGUGGAACAUUCGGUCAGACCACCGUCUUCUUUCGUUGGGGCUGUAACAUGACACACUCACUGAACGGGGCUGGGCUUCGGUUGGCUUUUUAAAGGAAGACAAGUCCAACCCUGAACGUCCUAAACCAGGUUGACGGCUGCAUUGCACACUCGGGCGGGGCUUUUUUUCCCCCCACUCUCCAUUUCUGUUUUUGCGCAAAAGCAGUACAAGCCAGCCGGCUAAUCAUACCGUUCUUCCUCCUCUCUGCCAAAUCCAAGUGGGACUGAGCAUGUUUCGCUGCGGGAUCGCCUAUCCACGCUGCAGGUGGAUCGUGCCCCUGUUGCUGCUCUUCGCCAUUAUUUUCGACAUCAUCGCCAUCGCCGCCACGUCGGGCUGGUUGACGGACGAGGAGGGCAAGUCGCACUACGCCAGCAUGUGGGAGCAGUGCCACGGCCGCAACGACCAGUGGGACUGCAAGUCUCUCAUGGAGUUCUCGUGGGCGCAGGCGGUGGCCGCCUUGAUGAUCAUCGGCCUCCUUAUCCUCAUCGGUGCCUUUGUCCUCUCCUGUGUGGCUCUGUGCUGCACGCUCAACGUCACACUGCUGCCCAUCAUUGGAGUGAUGCUCAUUAUUGUUGUGGUCCUGCAGGUCAUCGCUCUGAUCAUCUACCCAGUCAAGUUCAACAAGCAGCUCUUCGAGGGCAACUAUUACUACACCUGGGCUUACGGCUUCGGCUGGGGCGCCACCAUCCUGUGCAUCGGCUGCGCCAUCCUCUUCUGCUGCCUGCCGCGCUACGAGGACGAGCUGACCGGCCUGGCCAAGACCAAGUACCUUUACACAUCCGCCUAAAGACUCAACCCGGGCCCGCUUCACCACCACCACCACCACCAUCACCGACCACCACAUGAACAUUUUUACACUCUUGUCAUCUCCCCAAAGAUCUAAGUCGAGCCGUUGGGGGCCAUUUCUGAUGUUCAGACCUCCUUGUGCAUUGAAAAUAUUAUUUUUCCAUUUUAUUGAGCAGAAUUGCAAGACCACCAAAGUGCACUUAGCCUGAACGUCUUCAUGCCAGCAAGUUGCUUUGUCCUAGCAUGGACCUCGUGAAGCCUCAGUGGUGGAAGAGAAGUUCAAACAUGCUGCACAGGAUGCACAUUGAAUGGUGUGCAUUGUUUGAAAUUUCCUUGUGUGUGUGUGUGAUGAAAUGUUGCUUCAGUGUCAUCUUUGCACCUUUUUAGGCGUAUUUGUGAUGCUUCUUUUGUCGUCUUUGCUUAUCAUAAGGGUGAAAGAUAACUGUUUUGACCUGUGUGACGUUUUUUAAAUGCAUAUUGACAUAUACAGUAAUUGUUGCACUUUCACUCACAGCUCACGUUCCAUCACUGAAGUUAUCUUUAACGCAUUUACUGGUUUAAAGGGAUCAAUUUGAACCCAAAUGUGGGGUUUCUUAUGGAGUUGGUGUGUUUAUUCCAAGUGUAGUUGGCAAAAGAGGGAACCAAGCAUAUUUUUUUAAAUUGUAAACAACUACUACUACUACUACUGAGACAAAGGUCUUGUGUGCCUUCUCUUCUACGUAAUUUACUGUAGUGUUACUCAUAUUUUUGCUUUAUGUCAAAUACCGUACAAGCUCCAACAAAACCUGGUUUGCUUUUUUAUGUGGUGUGCAGGAAAAAAAAGACCAUCUUUUCUGUAACUUGUGCACAAGGAACUAACCUUAAGGAAUAAGCAGACUACUGUGUGACAUAUUAGGCUAGAACCUUAAAAAGAUCGUAUUUUAUUAUUUGGAUGGAUUUUGGCAUCAUUCUUAGUCAGUGUGGGUGUUUAGGAUAUUAACAUUUUUCUGUGCUUCUUGCUGUUUUUCCUGCUGUAGUGUCAACUGAUUAAUUGUUUUGUAGUUUGCAUUUUUAUGCAAUAAAAGAGGUUCCUUUUGGAUGAA